ACUUGGCAACAGAAUCAACACACUUCUGAAGUAUUUCCCCAAUAAAGACAGCAUAAAAACAACAAGGUACAUAAUUAACUUGUUGCAUGCAAAUUGGACGGACAAGUAGUAAUUUUGAGCCAGAAGAAUGAAUGAAUGACGUGUAACUAGGAUUUCCUUUGAGAAUUCAAGACUGAGAGUUCGCAAGCUUCGGAACAAUGGAGAAAGUACAAGAGCGCCCUCUACACGACCUUUUAGAAGGAAUAUUCCAAGAACAGAAACAUGACAUUGACCUCAUGACCCGAGGUCAUUUGAAUCAUAAUCGUUUAUGGAAGCCGCCAGACAAGGCGACGCAUAUCCCGUGGGAGAGCUCUGGAAAGGGAAUCCCAUUAAUGCAUCAACCUUCAAAAUUACCGUCCCCUCGUCUCUCAACGGAACACCAUGAUGAAAUGACUGAUGCUAUGUAUAACUUUGGUAUCGGGACGUCAGGAAGUAUUCACGUACCACAACAAAAUGUACCCAAAUCCCACGGGAAUGAACAAAAAAGAAGAAAAAGUCCACCUCAGACCAGGCCAUUAAGUCAAGAGCGAAAAUCCCCCACCGAUCAGCGACCAAACACAGUCGCGUCUUAUAUCAGUGAUAAUGUCUUCGUCGAAGAAAUGAGAUUGCCUGAACUUAUGCUUCCCAUUACAUCGAGUCAGGGUACCAGACCAAAGUAUCCACACAGGACUGGAUCUCCUAAAUCGUUAGCCCCAUUAGAAAUGAAAAAAGAUGACGGCUCCAAUCUACAAAGACAUCAGUUUAUUGAGAGUCAUCUCGGAGGUGUAACUAAGAAAGAACAAUUCCAGCGCUUUGUAGACUUUCAGACUAACGUCAUGAAGAGACCAGACAUGCUUGAACAGAAUGUCUUAGCUGGACGGAAGCAAGUCCAACAUCUUGAGAAAAAGUUGGAAACGGAUUUAAUGUCUCUCGAUGAGGUACAUCGAUUGAGUGGUCCAAACUUCCAUCGUCUUCAGAUUUAUAGCAACAUUUGGGAGGAGUUAAUGACAGUGACCCCAACCUUUGGUGACCUACUUGCCGGUGUUAAAAAUGAGUAUGAAGUGUACAUGGGCUCAUUACUGGACACCCAACCUCAAAAACACAGCCAGGUCUUGGUUCAACAAGUUGAGAGCUUGGCAAGUGGUACACCUAUAGCACCAGGGGAGGUGAGCCAUGCACAAGAGGAAGUCAAACUGCUUGAAAAGAAGGCUAAGGAGUUACUGCAGGAAAAUGACAGAUUAAGAAAGAAGGUUCGAAACGAGCAGGAGACUCUAGACAAUCUGCCUCCUCCAGAGCCAGAAUCCAAGACGCAGAAAUCCUUAAGAGCCGCUCGACAUCAUCAUCGAGACGAUAAACCUAAAGGUAUCGAGGACCAGAUACUUGAGCUUCAUGUUGGUAUCUUAGCUCAGAUGGAUGAACUACAGAAUCUCAGAUCUGAACUGAAUGAGAAUUACGUCCCUGCGUCUGUUUGUCAACAUCUUGAUCAAUGUGUACGAGAUACGGAGGCGGAUGUCUUGAAGGUGUUGAGUACCAAUGAAUAUCUAGAGAAGACAAUUCAGCAACUUGAAGCAGAUUUGGAGAAAUUGAUGCAUAAAUCCAAUGCUGAUUCCAACGAAUCAAGGAAAAUUUGGAAGAGCAUUAAUAUGUUAUCAGCAGGGACAUCGCUUGAAAAUGAUUAACUUCAGCUGGCAAGAGCUGGGUCUUCCUUCUUAGAACCAUCUUAAAGGAACAUUACAGAAUUGGUUUUUGCUAACAAAACAGUUGCUGGCAGUGUAAGCAACUUAUGUAA